GCGGGCAGAGGCAGGCGGCAGCAUCCAGCGCUCCCGGGGAGAGGCGCGUGGCAGCUUAGCCCCUCGCCCCACUUCAGAGAGCGCCGCCCGAAAGGGGAGGCGGGAGGAGCGGGUGCAAAAUGUUGGGUCUCCCCUCCCACACACACACACACCUGAAAGCAAAGCGGGGAGCGAUCCGCGAGCAAGGCCGGAGAAUACAGCCCUGAAGCCAGGCGAGACCUGGAGCCGGCAGCUCGCAGGCUCCCUCUAGCCACCGCAGCUCCAGCAGAGGAGGUGAGCGAGAGCAGCAGCAGCAGGAUUUUUUUUCUCUCUCUCUCUUUCUCAGCCAGUAAUGAGCGUCUGCCCCCUGGCACGGCUGAGCCACAGCGCGGCUGCACACACGCGCACACGGUAUAAAUACGUGAAGGGAGAAGCGGCGGGAGCUCCCCGUCUGGCUCAGCCCAGCAGGCAGGAGGGGACCCUCCCCCCCGGCGCCAUGGCGUGCGUGGCCGGCUGCCGCUGCUGCACGGAGCGCAGGAGGCAGAGCAGCAUCCUCUAUAACAUCCUCAAGAGCGAGGAGCGGCCGGAGGCAGCGCAGCAGCCGCCGCCGCAGGAGCCUCCGGGGCCGGGCUGCUCGUGCGGCUCGCGGCGGCGCGUGGCCCUGCGCAGCCCGCAGGUGGCGGGCAAGGCGGCCUCGGCCGUGCUGGUGAAGACCCUGCGCUUCGUCAAGAGCGUGCCCUGCUUCCAGGAGCUGCCGCUGGACGAGCAGCUGGUGCUGGUGCGCAGCUGCUGGGCUCCCCUGCUGGUGCUGGGGCUGGCCCAGGAGCGGGUGCACUUCGAGACGGUGGAGACCGCGGAGCCCAGCAUGCUGCAGCGGAUAUUAACCGACCGGCGGCAGGAGCAGCAAGGGCAGCAGCACCCCGACAGCAGCAGCCCGCAGCUGCCCUCGGCCGGCGAGAUCCAGACCAUCAAAGGCUUCCUGGCCAAGUGCUGGAGCCUGGACAUCAGCACCAAGGAGUACGCCUACCUCAAGGGGACUGUGCUCUUCAACCCGGAUCUGCCAGGGCUGCAGUGUGUACAGUAUAUCCAGGGACUGCAGAGGGAAGCACAGCAAGCUCUAAAUGAACAUGUCAGACUGAUUCAUCAAGGGGACCAGGCCAGAUUUGCCAAGCUGAAUGUUGUUCUUUCCUUGCUAAGAUCCAUUAAUGCUAACGUAAUUGCUGAACUAUUCUUUAAGCCCAUCAUUGGAACAGUGAACAUGGAUGACAUGCUGCUGGAGAUGCUUUGUGCAAAGUUAUAAAGGCAUGUAUACAAAUAAAUCCAUUACUAAGGAAUUCCUAGGGCAGAAUAGUGUGAAGUACUGUAAAUAAACUAACUUAUUCUUUUACAUAGAUAGUAUUUUUGUAUUCAAUAAUAAAAUAUUCAAGUUCUGACAUUUAAUUUUUAUUAAACUUAUUGUUUUCAGAAUAGGAUGUACAGCCAUGAAAAUAUGUCUUUUAAACCAUUAAUGAAGAGUUUUAGUUUCCAAAGUGAGAUGAAUAUUCUCUGUCUUUGAAUGAAGGUCACGCUGAUCUCUGUUUUGUUUUCAAAAUGAGCAACCCCCACUUUUCCCCAAAGCAUUGUUGUUUUACAUUUUAACACAUUUAUUUGGAAAGCCAAAAACAGGAUAAGAGAGCGAAAUUAUUUUGCACACUUCAGUUACAUUAAAAAAGAUACCUUAGUCACAGCAGUCUUUAUAGUAGAAAUGUGGGACUUAUCCAUAACCACUGAAGUCAGUAAAGUCUUUCUGUUGACUUUAUCAGGCUUUUGAUCAGGUCUAUUGAAUAGUUGAGAGACUCAUUUACCUGUACAUUGAGAAAUUGACCAGAAUAGCUAUUGCAUAAUAAAUUGUUCGGCAAUAGUUAUUCUGGAAUAGCUUCUUGUGUGGACACUAUAUUGUGAAAUAAAGUCACUUUAUUCUGGAAUAAUUACUAUGGUUCCAAAACAGAGUAAUUAUUCUGGACAAAAAUCACUGUUCAUUACCAUAAAAAUUACUCCACAAUAGCUAUUCCAGUCAAUUUUUCCAUGUAGACAAGCCCUUAGAUAAUGUGUUGCAAACAUUUCAAAAUUGAUUGUUAAGAGGAAUUCAGAUACUUCCAAAGCAUGUGGCAAAAUAUUAAAUUUAACAUAUGUUGGACUCUGGGGAAAAAGAACUAUGAACUGGUCUACAUUGGGAGGUGUGGGGGGGUUGAUCCAAGUUAAGCUACAUUAUUCAGGUAGCUGAAGUUGCUCAAGUCGAUGUACUUAGAUCGACUUACUGUGGUGUCUUCACCACGAUGAGUCGACUGCUGCCGCUCCCCUGUCAAUUCCCCCUGUGCCUCUUGCCAAGAUGGAGUACAGAAGUCGAUGGGAGAGCACUCAGGGAUCAAUUUAUCGUGUCUAGUCUAGACGUGAUAAAGUGAUCCGUGCAGGAUCGAUCACUGCCUGCCGAUCUGGAUGGUACUGAAGAUAUACCCUCAGUCUUCUAAACACAGCAAACUCUUUACAAAGCCCCAAGAAAUAUUGGUAGACCUCAGUUGAUUUGUUUCCCCCACUAUGCAUUUGCUAUAAAAACUAGAAUUCAGUGAGCCAAAUUCUGAUCUUGGGUCCACCUGUGGAAACAUAAAAUUACUCCACUGAAAGUAUGGAGUUACUCUGGAUUUCCAUCACUGUUACCGCAAUCAGAAUCUGGUCCACUGUGCUUAGUAACCUAUACAUGUCUCACUUAGAUUUUAAAUUCAUUUUCCUUAUUUGCUUGUCUUAGCAUAUUGACUGUGCCCUCAAUAUUCUUAUGUUCCUUUUCUGCUAGUUUGUUUAUAUUAUCAAGGACAAAUCAAAGUCUGAAAAUGGAGGUGAAAAAAAAGACUUGUUAGAUCAUGUAGUCCACCUUUCUGCUAAUGUGACUAGUUCCCUAUAGCAGAUCAUUCCUGUUCUCUGAUCUCACCCAGUCCGAGCACUCUUCAGAAAAAGUUGAAAAGGCAUAUAACCUUAAGGCCCCAUUCCAUGCUAGGACAAUAACCUACUGCUGACAAUGGCUGCCUACAAUAAGUUCUCCUGGCCAUUGAAAAUGGGUUUGUUUUAAUGUAGAGUGGGGAGUGAGGAAACAAAAGAACCAUUUUCAACAGGGAAAGUAUGAUAAUUAUCAAAUACUAUGCUGAAGGCAGUUUUGGCCAAUCUAUAUUAUUAGCUAGGCACUUCCAAUUCCUACUGAAGAGGAGAGCUGGUAUGGUCAGAGGAAACAUGUUGGUGACAGUCAUUAUUGGCAAUGGAUCAUUUUCCUAGUUAUAAUGUUAGUUUUCUUACAGAUUUUUUUGAGCUAAAUACCAUUUUACCAGCAAGAUUUAAUGACAAAACUAACUAUAAUGAGGGAGUUACAGCUCAAAAACUAAUGCUCAAAAUGUAAA